AUGGCAAAUUCUUCUGAGACCGCUGAGACAUUUCAGAAGACACUUGAUCCAUAUAUCAAGCCACGGGAACAAGUGAACUACAUUCGGCGAGUUUUGGCUCUUCAUCUCGGAACAUGUUCUCAUGAUGGCCCAGUCAAACAGCCUGUGUCUUUGGCAGAUCCAACACGCGACAUAACUCUGAAUUCAAAUUCGAAGGGAAUCUACAGGGAAUACAUUGAGGCUCUCAAGGCAAAUGUUGAUGCCUGUCGAAAUUAUGAAGAUGCUGCCCAAUCUAAUCUUCCCUCCUCGUCAUUAGCCAAAGAGCUCUCAUCCAGCAGUGAGCUACUAGAAGAGCAGGUCUCCCUUCUAAAGCUCCAGGCGAAACAAGCGCGACUUACAGCCGUCCAAACUCACCUGGACUCACUCAUGCAAAAGCCGGCCGCUGCUCCUGAAUAUUUCGACCCCGAGGAUGUUUUUCAUGAUGCUACCAGUCUACCAAGUGUCCCAAAGGAGGUGGUGAACAGUCUUGUUGCACAACAGAGCCUGAAGAAGACGGACCUAACCGAACAAGUUGCACAGCUUGAAAAAACGGUCUUGAGGGCCAAACUCCUUCUGCGACGAGAGGAGCAGUUACUUCGAGAAACAAGAGCAAAUGCUCAGAGCAUACCAGAUGUUAUCAGCAAUGGCAUCAGACUACAUGCUCUUAACACAACAAGGAAUGAGCUUAUCAAUUGGAUUGAGACAGAGUUGAGCAAGGCAUCAGGGGAUGAGGAUGCGGAUGCGGAUGAGGACGGUUCCAAGGGCCACAGCCAAUCAACGGCGGACCAGGCAACGAUAAACAACCAUCUCAACAUUAUCAAAGAAAAGUACGCCCAUUAUCUUGCAACGAGGCGGUCCCUCCUCGCUUCUGCUGGUGAACGAUUCGAGUCAUCGGCUGUUCCUGUUCUGGCACCCUCCUCCACCAAGCAACAAGUUGAUGAACCAGAACCUGCAUCAAGUACCUAUCUCCUGACACCAUACAUCGAGUCUCUCCUUGCCCUUUCCAAAAAGCAGAGGGCUAUGAUAACACAAAAAGCACAUGUAAAUACGACACUCGGGAAAGAAAUCAAGGAUAACUGUCAGUCGCUCAGUCAUUUGGAAGAAGAAAGUCAACUGCUUCCAUCUCAUUCGGUGGCACCAACGUCUCGGAGGAGGUCUGGACUGGGGGAGUUCCUUGCUUCGGACAAGCGCUCAGGUCUGACAGGCAAGGUACAACCUUGGGUUCUCGCUGCAGAUUCGGCCAAGAUCACUACGCUAGAAAAUGUGGCAGAGCAGAUUGAAGGUGGACAGCUUGCGUUGGAGAACUCAAUGCAGACUCUACAAGAAAUUGACCAGCUUUUGGGUCAGGGCGGGGCGGCUGAGGAAGAAGAAACACAGGUCGAUACAACGGAGGAUGACGUUUGGCUUGAAGCAGGUCCCAAAUCCCCAAGCAAGGCGAGAAGGCAUACAGAGAAGAGAAUCACAGAGCCGAGAGAUGCGUGGUCUAGUCUGCAAGGUAACCUCGGAUUGAUUGGUCAGGGAGGCACAGCACAGGAUUAG